GGCCUAUUCAUCCACUGCAGCUCGACCCGAUGCCUAGGCGGGCUUAAAAUCGCCGUUCCCAAACUUGCCAUCGACUUACUGCAUCCAUGACUGGCAGCAUUGUUCUCUCUCGAGCAGAUGGAGCUCUAAGCUCCUCCGUAUAUUCAUUCACGAGUAAUCAUAUCCCUCCACUCGGCAUCCCACAGUCAGCCACGAGAUGUCAGCUCCAUCGACAAACAUACGAGUUUUCGUCCGAUGGACUCAACAAACGGUCUUUGCCGGCGAGGACGUCGAAUGCCAAAUUACAUUCAAGAAUAUAGCCAACGCGCCAACACCACCGAUAACCUCCCUGAAUACUUCCAGCACAAAUAGCACUGCACUGGCAGAUAGACAGCGGAAGACGGCAGUGUCCCAGAUCAAGGACAACGGAAGCCUCUCUCCUCGCCCUUCAUCGUCAAGCAAGGGUCACCGUACAACAUUGUCCCUCAGUGUUCCGACUGUCCCCGUUGGAACUCAAGCUGCGUCUGGACUUCUCACCGGCGCCUCGUCUCGAGUCUCCAAAGAUGGCAAUUCACAUAAGCGCUCUGUUUCGAUCAUAUCUAUAGGAGCCAGUGAAGGCGGUGGGGAUGAUUUCAACAGUCAUGGUAGCGUCUCUGAAAGACCUCGAGGAGGAGGGAAAGGCCAUGGCCGGUCUGCGAGUCUGCAGAUAAUUCCUCGUAGGCAUAUGGUCAAUGGGGGCCUUCCAUCAGCUCCAACGAACCAGCGUUCGGCAACGCAGCCAUCUCCUCUCAACUCUUUGUUUUCUCCCACCAUUGCCGAUCCAGACAGGCCUUUGAGACGCCAACCUGGUGUUGCUACUGCUCCGAGCACGCCAAAAAUACCAGCCUCUUCAUUCGCGAGACGAAAGGGGUCAGGCUCCUUACCACAGGCCUUCAGGUUCCCUGCUGUUUCGUCACCAUCUUCUGAAGGAAAGUCAAGUGAUCAACCUACGCUGCCUGUGUAUCAAGAGAGCGCACGCCUCUUAUCUCCUCGCUCUCGAGAAAAUAUAUCAGCAAAUGCAGAGAAAAUACCAUCAAUGCCCCGGGUACUAUCACCAGCCAGUAUGGCUGGAACGCCUCGCAGCAGUGGAGAAUUCUAUUCUCUCAGUAACAACUCGACAGAAACUCUUGCUUCUGAGUACCUGCCACAGCAGUCUGGCCGUGUUCCCCCAUCUACCGGGCACGCAAGGCGGCCAUCGAAUUUAAUGCUAGUGAACAGCCAUCGGCCUCCAGAAACUUUAAUGAUGGGCUAUGCACAGAUACACGGAUCAUUUACCCUGGAUGCCUCUCUGGUAAGUCAGGCACCUUUUGAGGAAGUGAAAAGAAAGGGAGCAGUCGGUGGUCAGGGUGGAGGGGUCAUUGGAGUUGAAAAUAAUAAGCGAGACAGCGGCCUCCUUAGGGGCUUUGGGUGGAGUAAUUUUGGCGAGUCACUUGGCGGACUUCUCGGAGGCGGUGAGCUCAGCAGUAUCAAGGACAUGAGAGGACUUGCGAGCUCUCGAUCAAUUCCUCUUCUCUCUACCCCACAGUCUAUCCUCUUUGUCGACCUUCGACUUGCUCCUGGGGAGAGCAGAAGCUAUAAGUACUCUUUCAAGCUUCCUCGUGGUUUGCCACCAAGCCAUCGGGGUAAAGCGAUCAAGAUAUCCUACAAGUUGGUGAUAGGAACUCAGCGCCCUGGUGGGGCCAAGGAACAACAAGUGAAAUCUGUCGAGGUUCCGUUUCGCAUAUUGGGGAGUGUCAAUAGUCACGGAGAACUUCUCGGUCACGACCUUAUGUCUCCGUAUAUCAUACUUCGUGACCAGGCACGCGUUGAUACUGUCGAAAUUCCAGUGGAGACGAAUCCGGAAUCUUUUAAGGGUUCAGAGUUGAAAGCUAUUUUGAAAGCGCCAGAGUCAUCAUUGGAUGAGUUUCUCGGCUAUGUUGAUGAAUUGCUGAUGGCGCCACGACAAAAUUCUAGCGCUGGUUUGCUUUCUCCGACUGAAGUACGAAUACCGGGUCGCCAAUCUUCCAUUCCAGGGGGUGCAACAGCGAAGGAGGCUAUAGACAUGGCCAUUCUACGGAGUAAUAUCGUGACUGACACUAGACAAAGCGCCAAUAGGUUCGAGAUCGCUCGAAGUGGCAGGCGUGUCGCGGUUGUCAUGCUCGCACGACCCGCAUAUCGACUUGGAGAGACUAUUUCGGCUGCGAUUGAUUUCUCGGAUGCCGAAAUACCCUGCUAUGCGAUACAUGCAUCAUUGGAGACAUCCGAGAAGGUAGAUAGUACAAUCUCCCUACGAUCUGAGGCGAGCAUUCUUCGGGUCACACGCAAAGUCCACGCUGCUCAUUCCGAAUCCGCCUUGUUUGCUCGCAGAGUUGUUUUCUCGCCUACUAUUCCCUCCUCGGCUACUCCUGAAUUCAUCACUAGUAGCGUGAGUUUGGAGUGGCGACUGCGUAUCGAAUUUGUGACUCCAAGGGUGCUCCGAGAGCAUAACGCAGAGCUAGGAUAUGUGGACCUUGUAGAGGAGGUGACAAGAGAUGACAGAGGCCUUGUUCUCGCUGCUGUGGAGGCCCUGGAAUGCGAAAGUUUUGAAAUAGCAGUUCCUCUCAGGAUAUAUGGCGCUUUGGCGGCGAGUACAGAACUUGGUGAGAGUCCAAAGAUAGGGCUUGUUGUAUAG